UACCGGGUUAGGUUGCCGGCGGUAGCGAACGUCAAUCGUAUUCGUGUUUUGUUUUCCUUUUUUCUUCAUAUCAGUUGUGUCGAGUGGAUUGUGUUUGUGUGGUGCUUUAGAACAUUUUACGAGUAGAUAAUACAAAAAAUAUACUUUCAUGAAUAGUAAUUUACAAAUGUUUCUGUGAAAUCUUAUCAGUUUUUAUAUUCCCCAACGAUUUUCUGUUAUCAUUCAAAAAAGAGAGAUUUGUUUUGUGGAAAUAACAAAAAAAUAAACGAAACAUUGCAUAACCUCUCCAAUCGUUGAGAUUCGUUCAAAAGUACACAAGUCCAUUUUGUCCAUCCACUCAUCGUAUCAGUCUUUCUUUAAGUGUUAACAUUCGAACGUGUUCAGAUUUUUAUUCGAAAUUAUUUAAGAAUAGCAAAUAAGUGUAAAAUUUAAAUUCAAAUUUAUACAAAAAUACCUGCUCCACCACCACCGAAAUGUUCUCUUUACGUUUGGCCACACGCUGUUUGUACUCUGCCCCAACCUUGUUGAGGUCUUCAGUUCAAAAAACCGCUUUCAUGAUGGCUUAUGCUGGGAUGGCAACUAAAAUUAAAGCUGGUCCCGUCGUUGACAUUUUGGGUGAUGAAAUGACCCGCAUUAUUUGGUCCUCGAUCAAGGACAAGUUGAUUUUGCCCUUCUUGGACAUUGAAUUGCACACCUAUGACUUGGGUAUGGAACAUCGUGACAAGACCGACGAUCAAGUUACCAUCGAUUGUGCCGAAGCCAUCAAGAAAUACAAUGUUGGCAUUAAGUGCGCCACCAUUACUCCUGACGAGAAACGCGUCGAAGAAUUCAAUCUGAAGAAGAUGUGGAAGAGUCCCAACGGCACCAUUCGUAACAUUUUGGGUGGUACUGUGUUCCGUGAAGCUAUUAUCUGCAAGAACAUUCCUCGCUUGGUCAGUGGUUGGGAUAAGCCCAUUGUUAUUGGUCGUCAUGCUCAUGCUGAUCAAUAUAAGGCAACUGAUUUCGUUGUCCCUGGUGCCGGUACCUUGACCAUGACCUUCACCCCUGCCGAUGGUGGCGAGCCUGUCAAAUAUGAAGUCCAUGACUAUAAGGGUGCUGGUGUUGCCAUGGGUAUGUUCAACACAGAUGCCUCCAUUGUUGACUUUGCCCAUUCCUCGUUCAAAUUCGCCUUGGCCCGUAAAAUGCCUUUGUACUUGAGCACCAAGAACACCAUCUUGAAGAAAUAUGAUGGUCGCUUCAAGGAUAUCUUUGAGGAAAUCUACAACAAGGAAUACAAGAAGGACUACGAGGCUGCCGGUAUCUGGUAUGAACAUCGUUUGAUCGAUGAUAUGGUUGCCUAUGCCAUGAAAUCCGAAGGUGGAUUCGUCUGGGCCUGCAAGAACUACGACGGUGAUGUCCAAUCGGAUUCCGUUGCCCAAGGUUAUGGUUCUUUGGGUCUUAUGACCUCAGUAUUGCUCUGCCCCGAUGGCAAGACCGUUGAAUCGGAAGCUGCCCACGGCACCGUUACCCGCCAUUACCGCAUGCACCAACAAGGCAAGGAAACCUCCACCAAUCCCAUUGCCUCUAUCUUUGCCUGGACUCGUGGUCUGUUGCACCGUGCCAAGUUGGACAACAACGCCGAAUUGCAGAAAUUCGCCGAAACCUUGGAAAAGGUCUGCAUCGAUACCAUCGAAUCCGGUUUCAUGACCAAGGAUUUGGCCAUUUGCAUUAAGGGCAUGAACAAUGUUACCCGCAGCGACUACAUGGAAACCUUUGAAUUCAUGGACAAAUUGGCCGAAAACUUGAAGAAAGCCCUCGCCUGACUAGCUAGCGGAGAUAAUAAGUCUCAUCUUUAGAUUUAGUUUAUAUGGUGUCCCAUAAUUUAAUAUAUUUUUUUAAAUAAUGACCGCAAACAAUUUGUGUCCCUCCUCCACAUCUUUGCAUUUUAUUUUCGUUUUGUUUUUUUGUGUGUGCGUGUACUGACUGUAACAUGAAAGAGUUUUAUACAACACCAUAUUGGCGUUUGAAAAA